GUCUAGUUAGGUUUAAAAAAACCUAACAAUUUUUGUUUAAUCUUAACGAACCGUCAAAUCUGUCAACAUUUUGUUACACCCAACAUUGACGACUCAUGUGCCAGGUUGAAUUUGUAAAAGUCGCCUACAUUGAAAAUGACUUCGGUCGUGGUACCCGAUUCUUUACCAGAAGUAUUAAAAGAUUAUGUCAAGGCAGCGAUACGCACACAACCGGAAGACAUUUUGAAGUGGUCAGCAGAGUAUUUCAAAACGCCAGACGAGCAGUUACCAAUGGUCGACCCAAAAAAUUACAGUCAUAGUUUUUCCAUUCAUGACCGAACAUUGAUUAGGAUAUUAGCAUUUCAAUUAGGUACAACUUUGGGCACGAAGGAAAGAAUCGAAGAAGUAUGGUCGGAUUUAUACUUGGAGUAUAGUUUGCUAGAUCAAAUUUAUAAAAUUGGACAAUUCCACGGAAAUAACGUCGACAUGAUCAAAUUCCUUGGUAUUGCAAUUGGACAUUGGUCAAAGUGUUUGAAAGAUACCAUGAUGGUAUGCUGUGAAGCGUUUUGUAAGUGUUUGGCUGCUGAUGGAUAUUUUUUGCCUGUGGACAUAGCUUGUCGAUUAUACGAAUACCUAGCAAGACUGGAUUGUUCGCCACUUCCACCAGCCGAAACUGUCGAUAGUCCAACAGCGGUCACCAAUUCUGACCAUGGUGGUAAACUUCAACAAUGGGAUACCGAAGUUUGUAAAACGUUGAAAACUGCAAAAUCACUGGAUACAAUAUCGGCAUUCGCUCCAUAUCCGCCUCGAGCCAAACUCAACUGCAAUAACAUUUAUAAUUUCCAGUCUUUGGACUCUGCGAUCGAUUCGGGAAGACAGCAGCAGUUGACCGAUGAUACAGGUCUUGAGCAAUUCGAAUCCGGCGUUGGCCAUAGUGGAUUUCACGUGCCAGGAAUAGGCGCUAUCGUGCCGGAUUCUCAAAUCCAAAAGGUUUUGGAGUAUUUCAAAAGAUGUGCAGUCGAAAACUGCGGUCACGUUUACGAUUUUGAUAUUGCAAACGACCACUGUCCUCGGUUGGACGCCAUAAAACCAUCUUAAACCAUAUUGUUAUUGUAAAGUAGCUUUUUUCAUUGUCAUUUAUUUAUAAUUGUUGGUUACCCAUUUCUAGUUUCAAAAUAUGUUUUUUUUUAAAUUUAUGUGUAUAAAUACAAAAACAAACACAAGAUUUCUAUUGUUUAGGAAUCAAAAGUCGAUAAUAGUUUAACAACAAUUUUUUAGUUCAGUUUGGCCUAAAAUGAGAAUGAAUUU